AUGGACUACGGUGAUGAUGAUAAGAAUGGUAAAUUACAGACGACCAAUACAUUGACGCAAAUAGAGUCGCAGCAAGACGAUUUCUCUUCGCCAUUAAAAAGGUUAAAGGACUCCUUUAAACAAAGUGAACUGGCACCUAUCGAUGAAGACAGUGGAUUUGAUGGCCUGUCAGAGAAGGAGAAGAUACAAUUGAAACUAGCUUCUCAGCCGUACGAAAAAGUACUGAGCCAGAGGCACCUGACCAUGAUUGCCAUUGGAGGUACUUUGGGUACUGGUCUCUUUAUCGGACUAGGUUACUCAUUGGCAUGUGGGCCAGGUGCUCUUCUCAUAGGGUUUUUAUUAGUUGGAACCUCGAUCUUUUGUGUUGUUCAAAGUGCUGCAGAGCUUUCCUGUCAGUUCCCUGUCUCGGGAUCUUACGCUACACACGUAAGCAGGUUUAUAGACCAAUCGAUUGGGUUUACGGUGGCCACGAACUAUGCACUCUCGUGGUUGAUUUCUUUUCCUAGCGAGCUCAUUGGUUGCUCUUUAACGAUAUCUUACUGGGAUCAGACCACUAAUCCCGCCGUUUGGGUGGCAAUCUUCUAUGUUUUCAUUAUGACUCUCAAUCUCUUUGGUGUAAGAGGAUUUGCAGAAGUGGAAUUUGUUUUGUCAGUAAUUAAAAUCCUGGCCAUUAUUAUUUUCAUUAUAAUAGGAAUCAUUUUGAUUGCAGGAGGUGGUCCCGAUUCGAAGGGGUAUAUCGGGACGAAAUACUGGCACGACCCCGGUUCAUUCAAUAACCCCGUCUUUAAGAAUUUAUGCAAUACCUUCGUUUCCGCAGCAUUUUCAUUUGGAGGUAGUGAGCUUGUUCUUUUGACUAGUAAAGAAUCAAAAAGCGUUUCAGCGAUUUCACGCGCGGCUAAAGGAACAUUUUGGAGGAUUGCAAUUUUUUAUAUUACAACUGUUGUAAUUAUUGGUUGUCUGGUGCCGUACACCGAUGAUAGGCUGCUGAAUGGUCGCUCUGAUGAGGAUGUGACAGCAUCUCCUUUUGUUAUUGCAUUGAGCAACACUGGUUCUAUGGGUAAGAAAGUAUCGGAUUUCAUGAAUGUUGUUAUAUUGAUAGCAGUGGUAUCAGUGUGCAACUCGUGCGUUUACGCUGCUUCCAGAGUUAUUCAGGCGUUAGGGGCUUCUGGACAAUUACCAAAGAUAUGUGGCUACAUUGAUAGAAGAGGUAGGCCUCUUGUAGGUAUUGCAAUUUCUGGGAUAUUUGGUUUGUUAGGCUUUUUGGUCGCUUCCAGUGAAGAGAGUAAGGUAUUUACGUGGCUUUUUGCUCUGUGUUCUAUUUCAUCCUUUUUCACAUGGUUCUGUAUCUGCUAUUCGCAAAUUAGAUUCAGAAUGGCUCUAAAAUAUCAGGGAAGGUCUACCGACCAGAUUGCUUAUAAGUCUAUGUUAGGUGUUUAUGGUGGAAUAUUGGGAUGUAUACUGAAUAUUUUACUGAUUGCAGGUGAAAUUUACGUUUCUGCGUCUCCUGUGGGUGAAAAGAGCACUGCAGAGGGCUUUUUUGAGUACUGUUUAAGUAUCCCAAUCAUGAUUUCCGUUUAUGUGCUUCAUAGGAUUUAUCGGAAAGAUUGGACUCAUUGGUAUAUUAAAAGGAGCGACAUCGAUCUUGACACCGGCUGUUCUGUGGAAAACAUUGAGCUAUUCAAAGAGCAAAGAGAGGAGGAAAAAAUUUACGCAGCUACAAAGCCAUUUUACUACAAGAUUUACCGGUUUUUGUGUUGA